CAUGAAGUAAUUAUUUAAAAUGGGAAGUGUAAAGACAAUAGUAAAUUUUUUUGAAUAUCUGGCUUUGGAGAAUCCAGAUAACACAACUUACUAUGACAUAUGUAAUCCUCAAAUUAGAGAAAGAAUGAGCAAAACUAGGCAAUCGUCCAACAGCAACUGGAACAGUUGGUUAAAAGGUUAUACUCAACCAAGACAAUCUUCUAUAAAGCACACAGAAACAACACCCACAUUAACUUCAACAAAGUUUCCCUCCAAGACAUCUUUUAUUAAAAAACAAGUCUCAUUUUUUGAAGAUCAAACAAGCUCCAAAAACGAUGGCCUCAACAACAAAGCACAUAAUUCUAAAGCCAGUGAGAAUGCUUCCAAAACCUUACCAACAAAUACUACUGAUGAAUACGAAAGUAACAAAGAAGAAACUAGUAAUCUGGGAGAUAGCAAAGCAGAAGAGAAACCUAAAGAAGUAAGUCAGUUAGAUGAACCCAAAGUAGAAAGGAGGCGAAAACCCAAAGCAAUCGAAAUAUACAGGGAAACCGUUAAGUGUGAAAUCUACGAUGUGAGCAACUUGAGAAGUUCCAUUGAGAGUACAAGGGAGAGCGAAAUGUUUGAGAAAAUCAUGGAUGGAAACUUCGAUGACCUACAAGAAGUUGAUAAUCCACAAUUAACGGUUCAAGAUGAACCCAAGGUUGAAAGUAAUGAUGGAAGCUGUGACGAACCAGUUAUCAGAACCAUUGAUGAACCACCAUGGCCAAUCCCAAUUGAGGAAAACGACACAAGCUGUGAAAUAAAGGAAAUCGAACCACAAAGGCUGAUCUCAAUUCGGGAAAAUAUUUUUAUUCAAAGGGAUGGCUUAUCAAAAAUUAAACAAAGACCAAAAAGUGCCCCGGGUAAAUCCGUUAGGAAUGAAUUGAGAGAGUUUAAAACGCAACUGUCAGUUGAUUUAGCACCAAAGACUAAUAAUGGCUUCUCACAUGACGUCACAGUGUAUCAGAGACAAUUAUUGGAAGAUAAAACUGGAUAUUUCGAAAUGAACAAUGACGAAAUUGAUGCAACUAUUAAUAAAAAAUCAGAAGAGACAAUAGAAGAAUGUGAAACUAAUAGUGAAGAACCAGCCAAUAACCAAAUAAACAGUACAAAUCAAGACUUAGAAAGUUCUGUUCAGCAAUAUUUAUUUAGACAAAAGAAACAACUGGAGGAGUACAGAAAGGCGAACAAUGAUGAGCCUUCAAACGAAUUAGGAAAUAAUAUUCCCCAAGAUGAAAAGCCCCGUUGUUCAGUUGGUGAACAUCAGAUAACAAUGGACUCGGGGAUUUUUACUGAUGAUCAAUACACAAAUAAAGUAAAUAAUAUAUUUAAGAAAAUGAUGAAUGAUGAUUUAAACAGUGAACUUGAUGAUUUAACUAUAACUAAAGAUCACUUGACCGGAAGUGAACAUGAUGACUCUUUAAGUGAGAAUCAAUUAGCCAUAAGUGAAGAAGUAUUUCAAGAUUCUGAUAAUGACAACUCUUUAAGUGAGGAUCAAUUAGCCAUAAAUGAAGAAGUAUUUCAAGAUUCUGACAAUGACAACUCCUAUUUUGAAGCUAUUAAUUUACCCGGAAAGGAAAUAAGGCUAACUCAGUUCGUUAUUAAAAAUAUUUACCAAACGGGUGAUGUCAUAGAAAGAAUUGAAGUGCAAAGUGCUGAUGAUUUAGCUGAUUUCAAUGAUGAUCAUUUAGUUAAUACAAUAAGGGGUGCUCUAAUAUCUAAUAAUUCUGAAGACUCUGAUUCAAAACCUAUUUAUGUAAAUUUAAGAGGAAUCAAAGAACAGGAACAUUCAGUUGACAUAGUAAACAAUGCAGCAGAUUCCAAUAACUCCAAAGAUGGAUAUUCAGAUCCCAUUUACAUAAAUUUAAGAGGACUCAAAGCAGAAAGUGGUGGUGACUCAACUCAAAAACAAGAUCAUUCAUUUGAUGCAUUAAAAUAUGGAUAUUCAAAUCCUUCUUACAUAACUUUACGAGACUUCAAAGAAGAAAGUGAUAACUCAACUCAAAAACAAGAACAUUUAGUUGAUACAGUAAAAGAUAAUCAUUCAAACAUUGUUUACAUAAAUUUAAGAAAAAAACAUGGAAGUGAUGAUAACUCAAAACUUGAAAAUGGAAGCAUAUAUGAAGAAAAACAUGGACCAGAAAACCUUCAAAACAAAAAUAUUAGGGUACCUGAGAGAUUACACUUAGGCAUCUUUAAUAGAGAUAGCGAUGAAGAAAAUGAUUCCUAUUCAAUUCCCGUGAGUUAUUCCAGUGAUCUCCAAAGUGACGGUGAAAGUCAGAGGAUGUCCACUUACAGUUCAGAUCUUUCUAACGAAGAAACAGAUGAACCAAGUAAGGCUCCAACUGAACAAAUAGGCACACCAAGGACAUUAAAUUAUUCCCCCAUACUAGUUGAACGUGUUAAAGAGUUGAUUUAUACUGAGAAGACUUACAUUGAUGGACUUAGAAAGGUGGCCAAAGACUAUAUACCAUAUUUUAAAACACAUUGUCCUUUAGAACAAAUAACAGAAUAUAAUUCUAUGUUUAAAUUCAUAACCAGGAUCUACAAGUACCAGAGGUUAUUUUAUAAGGAAUUAGUUAAAGUGCAAGGCGAUAUUGAUAAAAUCGUUAAUCUUUUUCAUUUAAAUUAUGAUUUAUUUAAUUUAUAUCCGAAGUAUUUUAAACUACAGAGGAACACAGAAAAGUUCCUGGCAGAAGUCAAAGACCUUGCCAAGCAAAAACAAGAAGAAUUGAAGGAUAAGCUUAAUUUACAAUCAUUUUUACUCACACCAGUGCAAAGACUGGCGAAGUACCAUUGUCUUUUCAGUGACAUUAACAAAGAAAUAAUAAAAAUUAGGAAAAAAGAGUUGUCAGAGCUAGAACUAAACCAAAACCAAUUCCUGACCAAAGAAGAGGAGGCUAAAAAAUAUGGACAUGAAGGAGUUAUCAGCACCAUCGAUAUUAUCAGAAAUUUUAUGUCUAUAGGAAACACCGAAGUAGCCAAGGCCUCAAUUGUGAAGAUACCAGUUAAUAUUUCCAAGGACUUUGGAAUGUGUUUAUUGAAAGACGAAUUUGAAGUGACGAAUAAGAAGAAGUCCAAGUCUAUAUUGACAGUCUUUCUGUUUGAGAGUAUAGUUAUAUUCACUCGAGAAGUUAGCAAACUUCCUGAGACUUAUGAAUAUGUCAAGUCGAUAUUGAUUACAGAUUUACAAAUUUGCUCAGAUAUAUCAAGUAAUCAUCUUAAAAUUGGUAAUUAUGUAGACAUUAAAACUGAUAAAGAGAAAGUAUUGGAUAUGGAAACUAAAGAAUCAGCAGUUCUUAAUAAAUGGUAUAAACAACUUGAGAAACUAUUAUGGGACCAGUUGAAGAAAAUUAAAGAGUUAAAAAGCAAACAACCUAAGUCUGAAGUAUUUUCCCAAAAUCCAGAUGUUAAUAACUUGACAUGUGUUUUGAAACCGAAUGAAGUAGGAUGUUCAACUUUCUAUGUUGAUGUCAAAUAGUGACUUACUGUAAUUGAGUGUUAAUUUAUAUUUAUUUAUUAUCAUUAUUAUAUUCUAAUUUUUUAUUGUAUAAAUGUUUACAUAUACCAGUUAUAGUUUCUAAUAAAAAAUACAUAUUUAUGUUUGAAUAA